UCAACUUUCAUUUCUAUUUCUCUCACUAAAUCAGACAGAUUCAAGCUGAAUCCUGAAAGGAUUUAUCGUUUUAUUUCCUGUUGGAUAUUACACCAGAAAUCCUAAAUAAUCUACCUGGAGUUUUAAUCUACUGUGGUCCAGGUUAUACUUCUGUACAUUGUCCACAAAACUUUUAUUUCCUAUCUGGAAAUAAUGAAGAAGCUAAUUUAUGGAACUGUUUUUCUUAAAGAUUAUUAACAGAUGGUUGAUGAUAAAGUGGGAUGUUGACACUUAAAUUGUUGUGAGUGAUAACCACAAUUUCAACGAUCUGAGGACAAGACUGCAAUAACCGCAGAUGUAGCAAGAAGGAAAAACAAACAACAGAAUCUACAACUUACGUGUGACUGUGAUCAGAAUCAUGUAAAUGUUUUGUAACAACAGAAGAAUAUAUUCAUGACGUGUGCAUUUCAAAUAUGAGCCUUUUAAAUUCAAUAUCAUGGAACUUAAUUGUAUCCAGCUAGUUGUGACUAAAGUUGUGAUCAUAGCCAUCUUGUGUGUGCUUGCAUCAUCAACGCAAACCUUUCGAUUAAAUGAUGGAGAAGAAAAAACAAGGACAUACCAACCAUCGCAAGUCCAUUUUCAGUGGCUGGAUGAAAGCGAAAACUUAAUCCCGGAGAAAGUUAAUUCAGAGUCAGUAUCUAUUCCUAUGUUACAUAAAACCAUUGGAAAAGAUGUCUGGAGGAAGUUAAAAUGGAUGAAAAAUGGUUCUGUGAACAAAUCAAAAAGUGUUAAAAUAAUGGAUGAGACGGAAAGUCCAGAGAAGGGCUCCCUGCAGACUGUUGGGAUAGAAACUCAAUUAGGUGCAGAAAUAGACAGCCACAGAUUAGUUCAGGGGAUGAACAGUCCUAUUGAUUCACGUACAAGUCAUCAGGUUAUCAAGGAUGGUAAUAGCAGCAAGAAACGUGUUAUUAGAGAAGUAGGGGAGGUUACUCCUUCCAACAUUGUCCCCAGUUUCUCACAAACUACAACACAGGAGAGUUUUUCAGGGGACUUAACUUCAGAAAGUUUUACUAGUUUGAUCAAUCAUCAGACAGUGAAGGAUAAUGAGGAUUUGACUGUUGUAGAAGGUUCGGGUGUUGUAGUGAACACCACACCCGAAUCCUUGUCUGGACUAACAACCUCAAGCAAGCCUGUUACUACACUUGAUAUUACUACAACACCACAUCCAAUUACUCAGGACCCUCUUACACCAUCACAAAUCUCUACAACAGAGCCAUCUUCCAUCCUAAAACUUACAGUUCCAAAAUUUACAACUCCACAAUCCACACUUCUAAAAUCAACAUCUGCAGAACCCAUAACUCCUAAAUCAACAACAUCAAAAACAACCACAACCCCAAUGCCAACCACAACCACAGAACCAUCAACAACCCCAGAACCAACCACAACCCCAGAACCAUUAACAACACCAAAACCAACUACAACACCAGAACCAACCACAACAACAGAACCAACCACAACCCCAGGACCAACCACAACCCCAGAACCAACCACAACACCAGAACCAACCACAACCCUAGAACCAACCACAACACCAGAACCAACCACAACCCUAGAACCAACCACAACACCAGAACCAACCACAACCCCAGAACCAACCACAACACCAGAACCAACCACAACCCUAGAACCAACCACAACCCCAGGACCAACCACAACCCUAGAACCAACCACAACAUCAGAGCCAUAUAUCAAUCUUGAAAUAACUGCCACACCUGAACCUUUCACACCUGAACCUUCUGUUACCUCUGAACCCUCAGCCACACCUGAACCUUCUGUUACCUCUGAACCUUCUGCCACACCUAAACCUUCUGUUACCUCUGAACCUUCUGCCACAUCUGAACCUUCUGUUACUUCUGAACCUUUAGUCACACCUGAACCUGAACCUUCUACCACACCUGAACCUUCUGUAACACCUGAACCUUUCACUACACUUGAACCUUCUGCCACACCUGAACCUUCUGUUACUCCUGAACCUUCAGCCACAUCUGUUCCUUCUGCCACACCUGAACCUGAACCUUCUGCCACACCUGAACCUGAACCUUCUGCAACACCUGAACCUUCUGCAAUACCUGAACCUUCUGCCACACCUGAACCUUCCACCACACCUGAACCCUCUGCUACACCUGAACCUUCUGCCACACCUGAACCUUCUGCCACACCAGAACCUUCUGCCACACCUGAACCCUCUGCCACACCUGAACCUUCUGCCACUCCUGAACCCUCUGCCACACCAGAACCUUCUGCCACACCUGAACCUUCUGCCACACCUGAACCCUCUGCCACACCAGAACCCUCUGCAACACCUGAACCCUCUGCAACACCUGAACCUUCUGCAACACCUGAACCUUCUGCAACACCCGAACCUUCUGUCACAGCAGAGCCAGAAGCAACUCCUGAAACCAGCUUAAACUCUACAUCUGAGCCUGAACCAGAAAGUGAACCAGAUAGUGAACCAGAACCAGAAGGGGAACUGUCAGUGUUUUCUGAACCACGGCCAGACUGGGAGGCUGCUAUGGAGUUAUGGCAGUGGGGCUGGUACUUCUUCGUUUAUUUCUUUGGAAUCCUGUUUCUACUUUUGGCCUUGUUCAGUCUUCUGAGUGUGAUCAGGCUGUGGAGCAUGAACCACCUCCUCAGUAAAAACUAUUUUGUCACUCUUAACAUCCUAAUCAUCAUCAAGUGUACAUUGAGAGGAUCGUACCUGCUGGUGGAUGCACACAACAUCAAUAACACAUUCCACAAUAUUGUGGACUAUUUCCUCUACAGCACUGCAUUUCCAUGCCUCACAUCUGCAUUCAGUAUUCUGUUUUAUGCAUUGCUGAUUGCCACAAAAAUGCAGGUGAUUUCACCCAAGAUUCAGAAGCUGUCUGUGCUAGUUGGAAUUAUAUUGUUUCAUUUCGCCCUGUCUCUGAUCACAGAUGUUAUUGUAGGAAUAUUUUCGGAAGCUCGUGUGCUACUAUUGGUGUGUCAAUUUUUUUAUGUAGCAUGGGGCAUAGUGCUGUUUGUAGGAUAUUUCUACUUAUUCCGGCGGCUGUAUAGUGCCGCCAUCAAGCGACAGAAAACCAUGAUCCAACAGACACUCUCCACUGGGAAUUCUUCUGUGACAGAGCGUACAAGAAAGAAAUCAACAUCAAAGUACACCAUCAGUCUUUCAAUUAAAGUGACUUUUGUGGCAGCAGUCUUUGGAUUAAUGUGCGUUGCAUUGGAAUUGUAUGGAAUUUUUGGUGUGUUUAAAUUAUUAAAGAAUGGGCACACCCCAGAGGCCUGGCCCUGGUAUGCAUACAAGUUCUUACUGAGGCUAAUGGAACUGCUUAUGUGUGCCACUAUGGUGUAUGUGGCAUCACAGCCACUGAAAUACCGACGACGAGAACAGGAGAGUCAGUGUUGGUUGUAUUUAAUGCCCUUUAAGCGUGUUUGUUGUAGUUGUGGAGUUCAAGGGUCAAAUGAAAAUACAGACACUUCAGCUAACUCUGAUGGACAUGCAAUGUCGGAAACACAUGAAGAUAAACAGAAAAACAUGAAAUUUUUCAAUAAAGGUAUUCAGGAUGUCAAACUGGAAACAGUAUUAAAACCACGGGUGACGUAUGCACCUCAUUUAAAUGGAAACUUUCAUCGCCAGGUUUCGGAAAGUCCCUCUCACCUUGUGAUAGAAGAUGGCCUAGUACGAUUCCGUAGUGAUGAAGAAUUGAAUUGUUGUGAUUCAGAACUGGGAGCAAGUCUUCCUGACCUUGUAAAUGGAAGUGCUAUGAGAAGUUACAGGGUAAAUGACGAGACAGUUGGAAAUGGUGCUAUUCCACAUGGAGUCCUCAAUGGAGGUUUCUAUAGAACUGAGAACGAAGCUCAAAAUAACAACAAUAAGACCCCCCAGGAGGUGGUCGGUGGUCACUGUUUUGACCAAUACAAAAGUAUGGACCUUGAGAGAACCAGUAUAGGGACAACGGGCACGGAUACCAUGCGGCCUAUGUCUGCUCUCAAUCUUGCUGCAAGUAUGGAAUGGGAAUUCGAUAGAGUGUAUGAACGUAGUUUUGUAGAAAGUGACACAAGUAGUGUUAAAAGUCUUCCUAAUGUUGUACCAGUAUCAUCACACGAAACGAAUGCAGAGAGUCGACUUCUUGUGGACCAAUCACCUAGUCAUGACCCAUAUGUCAACCAAUCAGAUCACAGACGAGACAGUUUACCACUUGAUAUGAAUCAGGUUUCAUUGGAUAUGAGUUCAAAUCUUUCAUCACCAUCUGAUGCUCCGUGUUCUCCGAGCUCACCCACGCGAAAACCAUUAAUAACAAAACGCAUGAGUAGACAUGCGUCAACAGACUCCGAUUGCUUAGACAGAUUCAAGGCCAAUAUUUAUACUUCAUAGUAUAAAACAGAUGGUGAUAUUCUCUUGAUCCAAUCAGAUUAAUUUUUUUACAUUAUUUCUUGUUUGUCAUCAGGUAAGAAGAUUAAACCCUUUACCUACCUUUUGUUUUGCAAAAAAAUUUGAUGCCCUAGUCCUUGGAACGACAUGAAACUUGUUGAAAUGGUUUUAGCAUUUUCACAGAAGAAGCCAUGCACAUUCCUUGUUGAAAAUGGAUGAUCUUUUUCCAAGACACAAUUUUAUCACAAUCCGCUAAAAAUUUUUUUUUAGGUAAUGAUUAACUCUCACCGCCUCAAGUAAUUUAUAAAUUUCACAUAUUAUUGAUGUGGAAUUUUAGAGAAGCUAAUACAAAACUUUUUUAAAGUUGAAAUCUGUGAUUUUUGUCAUUAAAAAAAAAAAAAAUAAUUUAUUUAUGUCUGAGUUGGAAAUGAAGUGGUGUUAUGUCCUUCGACUGCAAAAUAAAAGGGAACUUUUAAGACUUCAUUGUAUAUUUUAUUAUUGAUGAUAUCUAAAGAUGAUGAUAAUGAUGAGAUCAAGAGAUUAUCCAUAAUACUGACUAAUGGGGCCUUUUUGCAAUAUUCACUCUGGUCAUUUUUGAAAAACAAAUAUUGAUAUAGUAUUUUUUCUAAGUAUGAUUAUUAAUGAUGUAUGACAUAGGACCAUUGGUUUGUUUAUGAUUACCAUACAUUACCAUGAAUAAAUGUAAACGAUGUGAGUAACAGAAAGUGUUAUCAGUAAUUUUAUUGAUGAAGAGGUCAUCAGAUCCUAGCGUUUUAUCUUCCAUCAUUUUACAUAGUUUUAUUGAUGUUGUAUAAAAUGAACCUUUAUUAUCAUUGUCAAGGAAGAGGGGUAGCAUGGAGGGAAGAGGGCAGUCUUAGAAAUGCCCUCUUGUCAAGGA